CAGGGACGAUGCUCAAGGGAGAACUGCAAAUAUCUUCAUCCGCCAACGCAUCUAAAAACCCAGCUAGAAAUAAAUGGCAGGAACAAUCUUAUUCAGCAGAAAACAGCUGCUGCCAUGCUUGCCCAGCAGAUGCAGUUCAUGUUCCCGGGUACACAGCUGCAGCCAGUGCCCACAUUUCCUGUAGGUCCAGCAUUAGGAACAAAUACCGCUAUUAGCUUUGCUCCAUAUCUUACUCAAGUGACACCAGGUGUUGGAUUGGUUCCAACUGAAAUACUGCCCUCUACACCUGUUAUUGUUCCGGGAAGUCCACCUGUAUCAGUCGCUGGUUCUACUGCUACUCAGAAACUUCUCAGGACAGAUAAAUUGGAGGUAUGCAGGGAGUUUCAGAGAGGAAACUGUGCACGGGGAGAGACUGAUUGCCGCUUUGCUCACCCAGCAGACAGCACGAUGAUUGAUACAAAUGAUAACACUGUAACCGUUUGUAUGGAUUACAUUAAGGGUCGCUGCAUGAGGGAGAAAUGCAAAUAUUUUCACCCUCCUGCACAUUUGCAGGCCAAAAUCAAAGCUGCACAACAUCAAGCCAACCAGGCUGCAGUAGCAGCACAAGCAGCUGCUGCAGCUGCAACAGUGAUGACGCAGUCGACUGCCAAAGCAAUGAAGCGACCUCUCGAAGCAACUGUAGAUCUGGCUUUUCCACCUGGUGUCCUUCACCCUUUACCAAAGAGACCAGCUCUAGAAAAAAGCAAUGGUGCCAGCGCACUUUUUAACCCUAGUGUCUUGCACUACCAACAGGCUCUGGCCAGCGCACAGUUGCAGCAGCCUGCAGCAUUUUUUUCCAGCAGGGUCAGUUUUGUGCAUGACACCAGCUACCAGUAUUGUACCCAUGAUGCACAGCGCUUCGUCCGCCACUGUCUCUGCAGCAACAACUCCUGCAACAAAGUGUCCCCUUCGCCGCAACAGCCACAGCCAAUCAGG